GAAAAGGACCGCCGACAAACUUCCGGUAUCAUCUUUUAUGAACGAUUGGACGGCGUAGACGUAACGUAAUUUACGUAGACAAACAUGGCGCCCGAGUAGCCGUUCGGUGUUGAUGCCAUGUGAAUUUCGUCUGAAAUGGCAAUGGUUCAAACCCCACAUGAGAAGGCGGGUCCAACCUCCGCGAAAAAGAAGAAGAAGAAGAAGAAGAGGAAGAAGAGGAGCAACAGCAACAACUGUGCCAACAACGCACUAUCCUACCAGAGAGUCAGGAGAAACUACUGUGUUUUGUGUCGCAGGAAGUAUUUGAGAUGUGAAGCACUGCAGCACAUGGAUGGUUUGCUGCACCACAGAGAACUGGAGACAGUGCUGGGCAAGAAUUCAUUUCAUGAAUGUCAGUCGUGCAAGGAGUCCUGCAUGGGUUUAAAUGAAUAUGCUCAGCACAUUUCCAGCGCUCAGCACAAAGCCAAUUUGAAGAACUUGAUGUCUAAAAAUGUUAAGCCCAUCUCUCUGUCUAAGUCUGUGGGCAGAGAGACCAUGAGCCAAAUCCAGGAGAGAAACAAGAUGCUGAGAAUGAAGAAAGAAACAAAAAAGAAAAAAAAGAAACUGAAGCAGUUGGCUGGACUGAAUUGUGCAGAAAUGCAACAGGGAUCCUCCAGCAAAGACACGGGGAUGUCCCAAGUUGUGAAGCUGGACAGAUCCAAAAAAGUGACGGCAAGGACACAGAACCAGGUGCAGGGGACAUACAAGGAAGGAAGCAGCAACGCUGUUGUUCAAAACAAAGAGAAUAAAGUGACCAGUCUGCAAAGGCUUCCUCACACAGUUCUGGGGCACCUUUAUUUUCAGGACCAGUUUAACCAUUCAGCUCACCAAAGGCAUGGUGACAAUGUUUUGUUCAACAGUCAGUGCAGUAUUGAGAGUUCCCGAACAGACAUUUCAUAUUUUAGAAGACCACACAACACCCGUGCAGGUCUUCCUAUGGUGCCACAACAUCUACAAAUAACAUGGCCAGCGGUCAUCCCGCAAGACCAUGACAACAAGCUGUCUGCCUGCAGACAACAGGCAACAGACUUCACCAGUGAUCACCUCCCUCAGAACGGAGCCAUCAUAUUUGAUCACAGCCCGAGUGAGAGCACAGGAUCUUCUCGACCAGGACAACAAGGUUCAUAUUACUCGUCUCCACCUGUUUCAGCAAGCAGAUCUUCCAACGCAGCUCCCAUACAGGACAUUGAUGUCAGUUUGAUGCUGCGGCAAAUCAGAAGAGCACUGGGUGUGAGGGAGCCAUGUAGAGCGGACCGUGAAGCCCGGAAGCAGAACAGUGAGGAAGCCAUUCGGUUGGCUGAUAAAGCAGGAGCUAAGAAAGACCAGCCAGCAGGUGGCUCCUUCACAAACUGUGCCAAGGAGGCUCCAGUUCGCAUCACGUCUGCUGCAAACACAUCUGAGCAGUCCUCACUGGUCAGCUCUCAUGCUCCUGUAUCCAGUUCUGGUGUUCAUCGUUCCAGCAUUGCUUCUGCUAAGCCGAGACAUACAGCAGUCAAAGUGACACAAGGAGCAACCCAGCGUUGUGAGAAGAGCUCAGUGGUUGCAAGGGUCUCCAGCGGACCAUCAAACAGCAGGGAGAGAGAAUCUCAUGGGACCCUCAACAGCCAGACCUCACUCAGCCGAUUUCCAGACAGGACUGCAUCCUCUGAGCCCAAUCUAAACAUCACCCGCAAGGUUCGAAUUGCCCAUGAGCCAGCAUGGCUCAUGAACAAGUUACUGGACUCAUCAGGGACCAAGAGUAAGUUGAACUGGAAGGAGAUGUACAAGGAGGUGAAGAAGAAGAAGCUGGAGAGGAUGACAGGCAUGCCCAGGUUUGGAAUUGAGUUGGCGACCCCGCUGUCUCACCAAAAAAGCUCAACACGAGCAGAGGACCUGCCUCUGUCAGAAGGCUUCCACUGGGAGUCAUUCCCAGAUAGUCCUUUAGCUGCAAAGUGCACAGAAGUACCUCCACAACCCCAGGACACAACACUAAAUGAGAGACACACCAAAACACAGGAGCCUGUGGAGCACCGUGGUGCUGCACACAAAGCUUGCAGCGAUCAGAAGGUCGAAACCAUCACUGUGAAGGUGGAGCCAGACUUGAUGGAUGGGAAUGGAGAUUUUAAAGAACACAGUGGUACCAAAAAGAGGAAGCAGGAAACAAUUGUGAUACAUGAAGACAUCUCUCAUACAGAGCCAAAGGCAAAAAAGAAGAAAACAAAGUCAAACAAAGGCCAGGACCAAAUGGACCAGCUGUUGGCUGUGUCUCUGAGGGAGGAGGAGCUGAGCCACUCGUUACAGGAUUUGGAAAAUUCUAUGAUCCAGGCCCGCAAUACCCUGCAAGCUGUCUACGCAGAAGUUCAAAGACUCCUGCUGCUGAGACAGCAGUGUACUACCGAGAUCAACAGUCUGAGAACCAAGCGCAUUGAGAUCCUGCAGGGGAUGCAAGGAGGAUACUCAGGAGAACCUGAUGUAACAGAGAGAGCAAGCACCUCAUCUGCAGGAGCAGCUGCUGCCGCCGCCACACAACCAACACACUCUUCUCUUCCAUCUUCUACUGCCUUCCCCACCUCCUCCAGCCACCAACAACCCCCCACAAACUCAGCAUUUUCCAUCAGCCAGCCUCAUCCAACCCCGCAUGCCCUGCCAACCAUGUCAUUAGAGCGUGAGGUCUCCCAACCAUCUACAGUGUCCUGUAACCCAAAAGCACCUGAGGUACCUGUGAACCAGCCUGUGCCCCUGUUUCCCUCUAAUUUGCUCCCUUCGCUGCUGUUUAUAUCACCAUCCUUAGCCAACCCCACCUCUCUCAAACAACCCCCAACACAAGCCACUACAUCAGCAAGCACUUUUUCUGAAUCACCUGCCAAGCAGGAGCAGGUGACGAGGGAGGUAUUAAAGGACUGCGUAAAGACAGUGAGUUCAGUGAAAGAGGAAGCCAACACUGAUUGGGCGGGAGGAAAUCUCAGACCAGCAGCAGAGAAACCUGCCUCCAUUUUAGUCCAUGAAAAAGAUCAAAAGGCAUCUGCUACAGCGAUAGAUCACGAUCGAGAGUACGAGAGCGAUGACUCGGUCAAAGUGAUCGAGCCCUCCAGCCCAGUGGUUAUUGAUAUCGAUGAAUCGGACGACGAGGAGACGAUCACAGAUGUCUGCAGAGAGGCUCCUCAGAAGUCUGUCAAUGUGGAGGUCAGCACUGCAAGCGCACAGGCGUUAAGGCGAAAUGAUGUGGAGAGGCCACCCAGAAAAUCUGAGGCCACACUUGUGCUGGAGAAAGAUGCCAGUGUUCCUCCAGAGUAUGUCGACGUGGUCAAAGAUGAGGAGCUGAGCUUGGGAGCUUUUGAGAACCACGCAGGUCCCGUUCAUGGCCUACAGAUUCACGAGGGCCUGUUGUACACGUGUUCAGGGGACAACACAGCACGGGCCUACUGUCUGAGGAGCAGGGCGUGUCGAGCAGUGUUUACGGGUCACACGAACAAAAUCAACUGUCUGCUGGUGUCAUCCCUCCCAGACAUGCCGGCACGCCUCUUCACGGGGUCCAGUGACGAGACUGUCCGCUGUUACAGCACAAAGUCUCAGAGGUGUCUGGAUCAGAUCUCUCUGUCAGACAGAGUGCUGUGUAUGCACGUUGCCUGGAACGUUUUGUUUGUUGGACUCGCGAACGGAUCAGUGGGCAGCUAUGACUUAAAGACCCUGAAGGAGUUAGAUGUGUUUGAAUGCCACGGCCCACGAGGCGUGAGCUGCCUGGGUGUAGCACAGGAGGGCGCCCGCCGGGUGCUGCUGGUCGGCUCCUACGACAACACCAUCAGUGUACGAGAUGCCAAGAGCGGCCUGCUGCUGCGCUCGCUGGAGGGUCACACCAGAACUGUUCUCUGUAUGCAGGUGGUGAAUGACCUGGUGUUCAGCGGCUCCAGUGAUAUGUCUGUGCGUGUCCACAACAUCCAUACAGGAGAGUUGGUUCGCAUGUAUAAGGGUCACAGUCAUGCCGUCACAUCAAUAGUGAUCUUGGGGAAAGUGAUGAUAACCGCCUGUCUGGAUAAACUGGUCCGAGUGUAUAAGCUGCAGUCCCAUGACUGCCUGCAGGUGUACGGGGGUCACAGUGAUAUGGUGAUGUGUAUGGCUGUGCAUAAGAGUGUGAUCUAUACAGGCUGUUAUGAUGGCAGCAUUCAAGCUGUAAAGCUCAACUUGAUGAAGAAUUACCGCUGCUGGUGGCAGAAUUGCUCUCUGAUCUUCAGCAUGGCGGAGCAUCUUAUUCAGCACCUUGUCAAAGAUCACGCCAGCUGGAAUCAUGACACAGUCAGAUGUCGCUGGAGAGGCUGCAGCACAUUUUUUGCCAACCAGCAGUUGGUUAGGCAGGAGCUGCUUGAACACAUGCAGAGCCACGUGGAGAGUGACAGCAAAGUGCAGCCCUGGUUCUCUUUGGUCUUGUGCAUCCUGUAUGGAGGUAAGAGUCAGAUGAGACACAGCAGUUGUUAUUGAUCCCUAAAGUCCUCUAAGACUCAGUCAGUCCAGCUGUGAAAAUAUUUUUUUUUUCCAUCAAUUAUUUGCAGUUAAGUCACCCACAAGUAAGCCUUUUGACGAAUAAAAUGAUCCAUUACUUUACUUUUCGAUCUAUUGGUCAGCACAUUUUGUCUUUAUUACUGUGAAUAUGCAGCAUGGCUUUAGACACCAUAAAAUAAAUUACACUGUCAGAUUACCUGUGAAGCUAAUCAUUCAUAAUAUUUUUACAACUGCUGUUGUGAAAAGAAGAGUUGUGGCGAUUCACUCUGCAGUGCACAUAACAGAUAUUGUCAUUUCAUUGGCCUUCAUGAAAUCAGCAGGUCAGAAUGAUUUUCCAGAUGUUUUUAAAGUUUAGUCUUCACUUCAGUGUUGAAAGGAGAUGUGCACGUUGGCAAUAGCUUAAUUGUGGGAAUAAACAGGCUUAACUUACUGGUGUGCUGUAUUAGUACAAAGGUGCAGUUUGGCAAUGAAUCCAGAGUUUAAAAUCCACAGGCUAAUAUUUAACAAUCUGUACCAGUAAUAAAAUCUGUACCUCUACUCUCUUGUCUUCAAGUCAGAUGUCUCUUCCCUUUUGUGUCCCAGAUUUAAAGUUUAUCAUCAUACAGUGACUUUUCAUUUUUCUUCACAUCAUGGUGUAUUCUUAAUUACCUCUUCACUCAGACUGUAACAUCCCGUCACACAUGAGAACUUUUACAUUAAAUCUUUAUGUUGUGACUGAGAGAUUUGGUUUUGGUUAUAAAAGUAAGUCAUCUAUUACUUACAGUUCCCAGAUGAUUAUUCUGUCCCUGUAUCACUGAAACCUCAGAAACCUGUCACAACCAACUGAAUGAAGACAAACACCGACAAAUUCUGCCUUAACUUUUGUAUGUUAUACUGUACAGUGUGUGUGUGUUUGAUUUGUGUUUAUUACCUGCUGUAUGUGUGCAGCAAUAAAGAUUUGAUUUAGUGUUCA